AUGAGUAAUAUACAGAAGAUCUCUGAACUCAUUUCCAAACACUUGGGAGUGACUGACGAAGACUUUACAUUAUCUAAGUUUGUCGUUAGCUUGUAUGAGGAAUCCAAGGAGUCGUCUGAUUCCAAUGGAGUCGACUUAUCAGCAGAGUUCAAGAAGCAACUUAUAGACAAUGGAGGAGAGUUUCCUACAGAAUUCAUUGAUUCAGUCCUCCAAACCUUAUCAACGAAGGUGAAGAUAGAACCAGAGGUGAAAGAAGAGUUGAGUGCAUUGUCUAUUCCUGAUAAAGUAGUUGAAUUCGAACCUGAAGAAACUAUCAAGCAAGAAAAUGAUACACAUAGACAGGAACCUGUAAAGAAAGAAUUCAUCAAGAGUGAAGUUAUAGAGAAUACCUCAAUUAAACAGGAAUACUCAAAGGACAGAACAUAUGUCAAACAGGAGCCCAUAGAUAUAAAAAUUGGAGGCAUUUACCAAGGACUGGUAAUAAAUAUAACGUCUUAUGGUGCAUUCAUAAGGCUAGGAACCACAACUGGAUUGUGUCAUAUUUCCCAAAUAUCUAGUGACGGUUCAAGGAUACGACUGCCCCAUGACAUUAUCAAGGUACAUCAAGAAGUUUAUGUCAAAGUCGUGAAGAUGGGUAAGGAUAAAUUCAACAGACAACAAAUUAGCUUGAGUAUGAGAAAUAUCGAUCAACUUAUUGGGAUUGAAGAACAACCAAGAGGUAGACAAACCAAAAUCAUAGAAAACAAGAAAAGGAGGCUAACUUCUCCAGAAAAAUGGGAGAUCAGACAAUUAAUAGCUUCGGGAGUUGCUAAAGCUGAAGAUUACCCUGAAUUAAAUGGUAUAGACAAUGAAAUACAAGAAACCCCAGAGGAGGUGGAGAUAGAUAUAGAAUUAAAGUUCAAUGAACCAAGCUUCUUGAAGGGCCAAACAGCAGAAUUGAACCUCGAACCUCCAAAAUUAGUCAAAAAUCCCGAAGGUUCUAUGGAAAGAGCAGCCAACCAAGGGUCUAAUUUAGUUAGAGAGUACAAAGAAAAGAAGAUCAAGGAGAUAAGGGACAAUAAUAGAAAGGUUGGAGGUUCAGAUCCGUUGAAGAAAGAGAAAGUUGAAAUGAAAUGGAAAGAUUCUCAAAAGAAAGUGACAUACGGUAAAAGAACAAAUUUGUCUAUGAAACAACAAAGGGAAUCAUUACCUGUGUACUCCAUGAGACAAGAAUUGGUAGACAAGAUCAAGGAAAAUCAAUUUCUAGUAAUUGUUGGGGAAACUGGUUCAGGUAAAACCACACAGAUAGUCCAGUAUUUAGCAGAAGAAGGAUUCAAUGAAAUGAAUGGCGAACACAAAAUUAUUGGAUGUACUCAGCCUAGAAGAGUAGCUGCUACUUCAGUGGCUAAGAGAGUUGCCGAAGAAAGAGGUACCAAAUUGGGAGGCGAUGUAGGUUAUCAUGUUAGAUUUGAUGACACUUCUAGUCCUGAUACCAAUAUCAAGUACAUGACAGAUGGGAUGCUUCAAAAGGAAGCAGUUACUGACCCUGAAAUGUCUAAAUACUCUGUCAUCAUGUUAGAUGAAGCUCAUGAAAGAACCAUAGCAACUGAUGUUUUGUUUGCAUUAUUGAAAAAGGCAGCCUUAAAGAAUCCCAAUCUCAAAGUAAUCGUAACGUCUGCAACUUUGGAUUCCAAGAAAUUCAGUAAAUAUUUUAACAACUGUCCCAUAGUAACAAUUCCAGGUAGAACAUUCCCUGUAGAAGUAUUAUACACCAGAGAACCAGAAUUGGACUAUUUAACGGCAGCCAUCAAUGCAGUGAUUCAAAUUCAUGUUUCUGAAGCUCCAGGUGAUAUUUUGGUAUUUUUGACAGGUCAAGAAGAAAUAGAUACAAGUUGUGAAGUACUUUUUGAAAAAGUUAAAAAUCUAGAUUCCGAAUUGAUAGUAUUACCAGUCUAUUCAUCAUUACCCAGUGAAAUGCAAAGUAAAAUCUUUGAGAAAACCGAGUCCAGGAAAGUUAUACUUGCCACCAAUAUUGCUGAAACUUCCAUUACUAUCGAUGGGAUUUAUUAUGUCAUCGAUCCGGGAUUUGUGAAAAUAAAUGCAUAUGAUCCUACCACGGGGAUGGAUAGUUUGAAAGUAGUGCCAUGCUCACAAGCACAAGCUAAUCAAAGGAGUGGUAGAGCUGGAAGAACGGGACCAGGAAAAUGUUAUCGAUUAUACACAGAAAAAGCUUAUAAUGAAGAAAUGAUGCCUAAUAGUAUUCCUGAAAUUCAAAGAAGUAAUCUUUCCAAUACUAUUUUACUUUUAAAAGCCAUGGGUAUUAAUGAUCUACUUAAUUUCGAGUUUAUGGAUCCUCCUAAAACCCAUACUUUAUUGAAUGCUUUACAAGAAUUAUAUAUUUUGGGAGCUUUGGAUGAUGCAGGAUAUUUGACAAGAUUAGGUAAGAAAAUGUCUAAUUUUCCUAUGGAACCCCAAUUAUCCAAAACAUUGAUUUCCUCCAUGGAUUAUGAAUGUUCAGAAGAGAUAGUCACUAUCAUUGCCAUGUUAUCAGCACAAAGCAUUUUUUAUAGACCUAAAGAUAAAGCUAAUUUAGCUGAUCAAAGAAAAGCUCGAUUCAAUCAUUCAAGUGGAGAUCACAUCACUUUAUUAAAUGUCUAUAAAUCAUGGGUUCAACAUGGCUUUAGCAGACAAUGGUGUCAAGAUAAUUACAUUCAAGAAAGAAGUUUAAAAAGAGCCCGAGAUGUGAAGAAUCAAUUAACAAAAAUAAUGAAGGUCACACAAUCUUGUGGAUUAGAUUAUGAUAAGAUUUUGAAAUCGUUAUGUUCAGGAUUUUUCCGUCACGCAGCUAAAAGGGAUCAUCAAGAAGGAUUCAAAACCUUGGUGGAAGGUACAAAUGUAUAUUUACAUCCUUCAAGUUCUUUAUCAACCAAAAGUCCUGAUUAUGUUAUUUAUCAUACAUUAUUAUUAACCACCAAAGAGUACAUGCAUUGUGUAACUACUAUAGAUCCUAAUUUUAUUAUUGAAGCGGCGCCUCAAUAUUUCCAAAAAGCCGACCCUUCGAAAGUUAAACGUCAAAAAAUCGUGCCCUUGUACGACAAAUUUGACAAGGAACAAUCUUGGAGAUUAUCUGCUCAAGUUGCAGCCAGAAAAAAAGCUUUGGAAAGUCUACAUUGA